AUGAAGUCCAGUGUAUGCUUUACCAUUUCGCUUAAAAAUUUUGUCGAGUCAGUUUACAUGAAUAGUCUCGCAUUUUCACCACCAAAAACGUUACGUGAUACUGCCAGCUACUCGUUUUUCACAUUUUCGCUCGAAUUGCUUCACGUAAUAGACCCCCUGUCUAAUUUCCUCAACCUACCCCCACUCUUACUAUGGCUAUGUCUAUAAGCUGUAGGGUAUAAAGGACUACGCGAAAAAUGGCAGCAGGCGUGUUGAGAGUCCUGUUGCGAAAUUCAGCAAUACUUUCAACAGAAAGAAAAGAGCUGCUGCAAUGUGGGGGAUCAUUGUAUUGUAUGAUCCAACAACGUGGACAAAAAUGGUACCCAGACAAGGCUUAUUUGGAGACCUUUACACGACCAGCCAUAGUCGUUCCAGAGGAGUUUAGCGAAUGGAGAGUUCGAACCGUUGACAAAGGACCAAGUUUUAUAUGUGAUAUAAAAAACAUAAAAGUUAACUUCGGUCCUCAACACCCUGCUGCCCAUGGUGUACUACGAUUGGUACUAGAGCUGGAAGGUGAAACUAUCGUAGCUGCCGAUCCUCAUAUAGGGCUUUUGCACAGGGGAACAGAAAAACUUAUAGAGUAUAAAACCUACAUGCAAGCAUUGCCAUACUUUGAUCGAUUGGAUUAUGUGUCUAUGAUGUGCAACGAGCAAUGCUUUUCCAUGGCUAUUGAAAAAUUACUUAACAUUGAAGUACCCUUGCGUGCUAAAUACAUUCGGACGCUGUUUGCCGAAAUUACUCGUAUUUUGAACCACAUUAUGGCAAUUGGCACUCAUGCUCUCGAUAUUGGAGCCCUUACACCAUUCUUCUGGCUCUUUGAGGAGCGUGAGAAAAUGAUGGAGUUCUAUGAGCGCGUAAGCGGUGCUCGCAUGCAUGCAGCUUAUAUAAGACCUGGUGGUGUCGCCUUGGACAUGCCACUUGGUUUAAUGGAUGAUAUAUAUGAGUUUGCAUCUAAAUUUUCUGAAAGACUGGAUGAAGUGGAAGAUCUUUUAACAGAGAAUAGAAUUUGGAUCGAAAGAACAACUGAUAUCGGAGUAGUCUCUGCUGAAGAUGCUUUAAAUUUUGGUUUCAGUGGAGUAAUGCUACGAGGAUCAGGUAUCAAAUGGGAUUUAAGGAAAACUGCACCUUACGAUGCAUAUGAUCAAGUAGAGUUUGAUGUGCCAAUUGGUUCGAAAGGAGAUUGUUAUGACAGGUACCUAUGUCGUAUGGAAGAAAUGCGACAGUCUUUGCACAUAAUACAUCAGUGCCUUAACAAAAUGCCAGCUGGUGAAGUGAAAAUCGAUGAUGCUAAAAUUGUUCCUCCAAGUCGCCACGAAAUGAAGACCAGUAUGGAAGCUUUAAUUCAUCAUUUUAAAUUGUUUAGUCAGGGAUUUCAAGUACCACCUGGUGCUACAUAUACAGCUAUUGAGGCUCCGAAAGGGGAAUUUGGAGUAUAUCUUGUAAGCGAUGGUAGCAGUAAACCCUAUCGCUGCAAAAUUAAGGCUCCUGGUUUUGCUCACUUAGCUGCCCUUCAGAAAAUAGGUGUUAAUCAUAUGCUCGCUGAUAUUGUGGCGAUCAUUGGUACCUUAGAUGUAGUGUUCGGUGAAAUUGAUCGAUAGGAUUUUACUAUUUAUCACAAUAUGACAUUUAAUUAUAAUCCAGUCGCAUUGCAUUAGUUACAGUUCCAAUUAUAGAAAAUUAGAAAAUGAUGUAAUAUAUGCAGAAGGAAUAAAUAAAAGAAAAUGUUAAUGCUAAUAGUUCAAGUUACUAAUAUAAAGUGUAAAUGAGGUAAUAUAGGCAUGCAAAAAUUGUAGUUGAAUUUAUUUUAAUUUAUUAACUUUAAUUUAUUGACUUUCUUUUACGUAUUGGUAACAUAAGUAUUAGAAAUUAAUCUUCAUAAUUACCAAAAUUAGUGCAUAUCCCUAACAAUAUAAAGAUUAGAAAUUUUAAUAAUAGCUUUCCUGAUUUUUUAUUUAUAAGUGGAAUGAUAGUCUAAUCAAGGUUGAGAAAUUUAAAACGAUUGUAUUAUAAGUUUCAUUAUAAUUGACAGUAAAGAUCAUAGACUAUAAAUUAUUGUAAAUACCACAAAGUUAAAGAGCUAACAGUACUUACAAGUAGCGUACAUUUACAUUAGAUGCAAUAAUAAUAAUUUUACUUUUAAAAUGA